CACUUCUUUCUUGUUUCGCUUUCGUUGAAACUUUCACAGUAUUUAGUUAAAUUCUCGAUUUUUUUUGGUCAUCUUCUUCAUCACGAUCUAAGGGAAGAUAUCUUAAUCUACUGCUUUUAGGCCCUCCAAUGCCUUAAAUGGUUGCUGUGGUAGAUUUUUAUGCUGCUUUCAUUUGUUGUUUGUUAACUGAAAAUGGCAUGCGAAGAAGUUUUGAAAGCUGUUUUUCCUUUAUUGGAGGGUAUGGACCUUGCUUCUUGUAUGGCAGUAUGUAAGCAGUGGAGAGACAUUGCCCGGGAUGAUUACUUUUGGAAAUGCAUAUGUGCCAAGAGAUGGCCUUCGAUCUGCAAGCAGCCUAACCCUCCAACUGUAACCUACUACAAGCUAUAUCAAACCUUUUACAGACGCCAGCAACGUCGAACGCUUCCCCCUCCAAAGCUGUCCUUUGAUGAUUUGGAAUUUUUUAUUGACAUUUGGGCUGAGGAUAGAUUAAUCUUUUCAGAAGUAGUCCCAGGCCUGGUCUUACAAACUGGUAUCAAGGUCCCACCGCCAGGAAUCUGUGAUGUGCUUAGAUUUCACCUGGUGGGGCCCGAGUUCAAGAUGAGACAAGCUGUUAAGCCAAGAUUCACUAUUCCUCUGAGCCAGACUGUUAGUGUUUCGGUGCUUGUGUCACGCAAGGAUUCCAAUACGGUUGCUUGCAUCAUUAAUAAAUCCUUGUUUGAGUAUGUAGAUCGGACAGCAUAUAGGGCCAUGGCAUUUGACUAUUUAGAAUUCUCUCCUGUCCACCCCUUCAUUGCAGGUGCCCGGGCUUGGUUCUCUUUGCUUUUCAAUGAAGAUGGAAAUGAAGGUGUUAUUGAUGUUUUCGGGAUUGAAAUGGAUUUCUGUGAUACUGCAAAUUCCAAGGAAGAGGUUCUAUGGUUAUUAGACAUGCUUGAUUGGAAGUGAAGGGUUGGACUGUGCAGGACAAGAAGGAAGAACAUGAAUUGGAUGUGAUACGUGUAUUUGCAUGUCCAUUGGCCUGAGAGGUACUAUGUCUUUUGUUAUCUUGCAUGUUCAGUCUGUACAUAUUUUCACUAUUCACUGCAUUAAUAAAUAUGAACAAUCUUUGUAUUCAAAUCUUGUACAUUCUGUGGUCAUUUUUAUCAUUUACCUAAGAGGGAGUCAAUUGUAUUCUAUCUGUCUAAUGACCAAGUGUUGAACGUUGUAAUAAUAUCUUUGCCCAAUUUAACUCUCGUUUUUUAGUA